AUGAUGUCACAAGCCGAACGGAAUUAUGACGUUCACGACAAGGAGUUAGGUGCCAUUGUGUCAUGCUUCAACGAGCGAAGUCUCCCAGGAGAAACCUCCAGCCGGAGGGAAACCCCCGGUGGAGAAAAACCAGAACCCAGAACCAGCGGUUCAGAUUCGGAGCCUGAGUAUGGAGAUAGGAGAGGAUGGCGGAGAUACCUCAGGAAGAUGCUGGAGAAGCAGCAGACAGAGCUCCUGGCCUCCAUGACACAGUUCAUGAGACCUCCGGCCCCCUCACACCCCUCCGCUGCCUCCAGGGCCCGAGAACCAAAGGCACACCCUCAGGCCAAGUUCAAUGGCAAAGCAAACAAUGUGGAGACCUUCAUCAGGCAAUGUGAGAAUGUCUUCUCCAUUGAAAGCCAGUUCUUUACCUACGAAGAGGUUAGGAUCCGAUAUGCUGGUAACCUGAUGGAAGGAGAAGCCCCAGCCAACUGGUAUGAGGCUUACCACAGCUCCAUUGACCAAGCUUCUGCCAACCGGAUAGCUGGGAUGUCUGUGGUGUUAGAUGAGAAAUGGAAGUGCUGGGAUUCCUUUGUGGAUGCUCUCAGAGCAGCCUUUGGCGAAGCUAUCUCUAGGGAUGAUGCGGCAGCCCAAUGGAAGGCCCUUACCCUCACAGCCAAGGGUCAGUUAGUGGAUGAUAAGAUCCUCAGUUCCCAUAUUUCCGAACCUAGGCAUGAGUUGGGCUCGCUUUACCUCCGUUACACCUCUGGGUUUCCUCCAGCCUGGGUUCGCCAAGGGGUUGUCCCCGGAAUCCCAUAG